AUGCCCUGGAAUCUUCUUUAUGAUACCUCUACUUGUACUUCUUGGGGCCAACGAUCGAGUAGAGACCGACUAGACAGAGGAGAGAUAUUCGGCGCAACGGCGGAUCCAGGCCUCAAGAAUCCAGAGGUUGUCCUCGAGAACAAAGAGGAUCUUGAUCUGCAUGGAAAAGGCAGCUUGGAGGUCAUCAUCCCUGCCAACGUAGAACUGCUUGAGCUUGUCCUGGCGGUAUCGCUCGUCCUCCUCCUCAUCAAAGGGAAGCAUCAUGUUGCGCAUGGUAAUAACGGCGUCAACAACGCCGUUUUGGGCACGGAUGAACUCAACGUACUGCUGGGCGAGAAUUUGAAGCUGCUGGUAGUAUUCGCGGACGUCAUCGGCAGACCUCAUUUGGACGCUGCGCCAGGUCCAGGGCAGUUCCCAGCCCUCGUCGCAGGAGAAGCCCUCGAAGAAGAAAGCGUCAUGCAUGUCCCAGGCGAUCAUGAAGUUUUCUUGCUCUCGUGCGCGUUGGGGCCCAUGGUUCUAGCGUUGAGUGAUGCCAUAAUGUCUGCCUCAAUGCGACACAUGUCCUCUGCCGAGAGCCAGGUUUCUGUUUCCAUGUCCAAGACGCAGACCAUAAGAUGGAUUCCUUCGUCGGGAGAAGCCAUCUUGGUUUUUAUCUUCGAGUGGGGAGGAGACUACAAUCUUGUUAGAGAAGUGAGCACUUUUCAGUGA